AUGAUGCAGCAUCAGCCUCAACGAUCCUCUGCGACCCCCCCACAGCGUCCGAAGCGACAACGUGCCGCGCAGGCAUGUGACAGGUGUCGCCUGAAGAAAUAUAAAUGCGAUGAAUUGUAUCCCUGCACUCACUGCAAGAAAAACCAGCUCGAGUGCAUCUAUCAGAGGAAUUACCGGCAGCGCGAAAGCGACCGGUCAGCCAGCUAUGUAAUCGAACUAGAGACGAAAGUCGAAGAGCUAACCGCAAAGCUGCGCGUGGCCGAGUCGAAACUCGUCUCCAAUGCUCAUCAACCGCCAAAAGUUGUGACGAGCUCGAGACCCGGACCAGCUCCCCGGGCAAGCAUCCAUGCUACACCAUCGUCUAUGCCGCCAAACGGAACUACUCCAAGGGAGGCUUUACCGUCGCCCUAUGACGCGCAAGAGGAAGCAUGCGACACUGUCGAACACGAAAUCAGCGAGCUGAAUCAUCACACUAACGGGAUCGAGUUUCACGGCAGUUCCUCAUCAGCAGCACUGAUAGGGCAUCUUCAAACAACUAGGGAGAAAGACCGCGCGGAAGAACGAUGGCAUUUUCGCGCCCCAGAGGCGGGGUUUUCGCUGAUCUCGACGCUGCAUAAUUCCAGUUUCUCGCCUUCGUGCACAGUUGGUUCUGCGCAGUUGGCGCCACUACAGGAUCAUAACUAUUACUUUGAGCAUGCGCACGCGUUCAUCAAUGGGUACUUUGAGAAUAUCCAUUUCAUCCAUCCGUUGAUCGACAAGGAGGACUUCUAUGCCCGGGCCCGUGAUCUCUGGUUCAAUAAGACCCGGCAGCCGGAGCCGAGUUUCGUCGCUUUGUACCUCAGUGUACUCUCGUUUGGAGCUUUGGUCCGUGUUUGGGAUGAGGAGAAGCUAGGGGGACUGACGCGGUUUGAAUGGAGUCGAAAGUUGUUCAGUGAAGGGCGGAUGUAUCUGAAUCACCUGCACUUUUCUAAUAACCUGGACACAGUCCAGUGUUUAUACUUAAUGGCAAAAAUAUGCCAAAACGAGCUAAAUCCUAACUUGGCCUAUAUGUACUUGGGCCUCGCUGUACGUACUUGCUUGGCGGUCGGUUUCAACCGACACGUACGCAAUCCAAAGGACGAACAACGUUCGGGCUGGAUCUCGAAGACUUGGUGGGGCAUCUUCUCUCUCGAAAUUGAAAUCAGUUUCUCUAUCGGACGUCCCGACACCCUAGGUAUGGACGAAUAUCACAACCGCGGCCUCCCAGAACGCGAUGACUCCGAAUACGCCAUUAUACCCUGGAUGGUGGACUUCGCUCAGAUCAUCCGGCGCGUAUCCGUGCAAAUCUACCACUCGCGCAUCACUUUGCAGGAAAAACUGCAGGCCGCUUUAGAUAUCGAGGCAGAUCUUGACCAAUGGAUGGCCCGACUGCCGGACCGAAUUAAACCAGAUAUCCUGGGGCACCAGCCAUCCAGCGGCGCAUUGAAAGACCCCAAAUGGGCGCGCAGACAGCGUUUGGUUCUGCAGAUUCGAUACUAUAACGUGAAAAUGUUGCUGUUUCGCCCGUUUUUGAGCUACUUCACUCGCAAACUGCGACACACACCCACGGAACCAGACGAAACCAUCGCAAAGUGCCUGGACGCAGCCACGAAGACAAUCGAGGUCAUAUACGACAUCUUCCGCAUCCACACGUUCUUCCGCUGCUGGUGGUACAACACAACCUACGUCAUGUUCGCGACAUUGACCCUUCUCCUCCCCAUGUCCGAGCUGGGAAUGUGUGUUGAGACAGUCCCGCUAUUACGGUCUGUCGACAUGGCGGUCGAGAUUUUAGAAGCGAUGGACGAGUCCGUCGUCGCGAAAAAGUCCGUCGAGAUCAUCAAGCACUACCUUAAGGACUUCCGCAGCUCGGAACCUCGGCCUGGCCCUGCCAGUUACGAUGGCGAUGAUGCCAGUAUCCACACUCAUGCAAUGCAUGAACAGGAGCAGCCGCCUGGCUCGGAUAUCCCGGAGUGGGCCUACGGUUUCGCAUUACCCGACUACUCGUUUGAAGGGAUUACGAGGUUGUUUGAUGAUUUGGGUGGGCUUCCCAUGUUGGAUAGCUGA